AUGUCCAACCUGAACCCCACAUAUGGCGCUCUCUUCGUCGGCGUGCUCUUGUCCGCUGUACUGUUUGGGGUGACCAUGCUCCAGAUGUUCGUCUACUUCCACCAGUAUCCUACCGACAGGGCGUGGAGGAAGCUCGCCGUGGGCUGGCUCUGGCUCCUUGAUGCGAUCCAUCUGGCGCUGAGCGCGCACUUCGUCUACUUCUACCUUGUCACUAACUUCGACAAGCCCGACGCUCUUUCACAUAUUGUCUGGAGUUUCAAGCUUCGCAUAGUCAUUGAUUCUCUUGUGGUCUGCUCAGUGCACACACUGUAUACGUCUCGGUUAUGGACGCUCCUCGCUAUCGACGAACGCAUGGAACCCUUCGGUAAAGAAGCGCGUAGAUGGAGUCGACAGAAGUUGACGGCGCAUGCAAGCGCGUCGCGGUGGAUAAUGCGCAGAUUGGUACCUUGGCUUGUCAGCGGGUUGGUCGGUCUUGGCUAUGGCAUCGCUAUAGUGAUGUGUGUUGAGACAUUCAAGCUCGAGGCCUUCAGUGAACUAGCUCAUACCCCUUGGGCGACAUAUGUACCCCUCGGUGCCUCCACCGUAAUCGACGGGGUCAUAGCCGGAUCACUAUGCUACUUCCUUGCUCGGUGUCGGCCACGUUCAGAAGCGAUGAAUGGUCCGUUCAAGACACUAAUGGUAUACACGCUGAAUACUGGUACCAUUACUGGCCUCUUUUCGCUCCUCGCAAUUUCGAUGAUGGUCGCAUAUCCGACGACGUUCAUCCCGGUUGCGAUAGAAUUUACUGUCGUCAAGCUAUACAUCAAUUCAUACAUGGCCAUGCUUAACGCACGCGGCGUCAUCCACCCCUCCCAGGUACACCACACCAGGACAUCUUUCCUCCCCAGCAACUCGCGUAUCUUCCGGUACCCCCUGGAGCAGAAGGGGCUCCCGUUUGCCUCAUUCUCUGCCUCGGUCGCCUCCUUGCACCUUGCUCAGCGCCCGCCAAACCCGAGCCCCACACCUGGCGCGCACCAUGCUCCGACCUCCGAUGCGCGCGCCUCCGCGGAGUGGACCCGUCCGAGCCCGGUGCCGACCCUGCGUGCGCCGCGGCUCAGUCACCCCGAUGUCUCCCCUCAGUAUGGCGGGAUCGAAACAGUAGUCGGUGUGGCGUUCCCCGCGGCGGCCCUCGGACAGCAGCAGCGCUUCAACUCCUUCACCUCCGCGUCAUCCUCCGCCACCGUGGCGGUGCCUCCCAGUCCUAACCCGCUCGCUGCGGUGUACGCAACACCCGUGGACCCACUCUCAACCGCGCACCCCCUUCCGCCGACAUUACACAUCGAAAUGGCGGAGAUCACGGAGACAACAGUGGAUCCGCCGGAGUACCCUUCGCCGCCCGAUCGUGCGCUCUCUCCUCUUCGGUUCGCUUCAUACGCGUCCUCGAUCCCGAGCCCAUCGGGUUCGCUGUCCUCUCCCUCGAGUCCUACGCAUGCUCGCCAUUCGCGCCCGCGGAUUCCGAGCGCGUACUCUAUGGACACGCGGGACGGCGAGGAGAGGCGAACGUCCCUCCCAUCGGAUUCCCCAGGAUCCGAGCGGCGGUAUACACGUAUGGUAAACGCAGCGAGGGAGAGCCGUCGCACACUCGGCAGCUUCCAAAGUGGCACUGGCGGCGUUGAGGACGACCGCGGGGUAUGGGUGUGGGGUGGCCCCGGGUCGUCAUCGGCAGGCUAGGAGCAGCACGCCAUUCUCGGUGAUGUGGUCCCGACUCGCCCCGCGUCAUGCUCAGACGCUUCUCCGCGGUCGCGUUGCGUAGGCUUCUGCCCACCGAGCGCGCCGUGCACCAUAUAUACGUAUGUUAUUCACUACUCUAUCUUGCCGUCGCGGACUAGUUUCGACAUCCGUCCCAGAUAUCCCCCACGUUCGCU